AUGAGCAGGACCAGCAUCAGCAGCACCAGCCUGAUCAGCAGUGUGGACAGGAGCUGUGUGGACAGGAGCUGUGUGGACAGGAGCUGUGUGGACAGGAGCUGUGUGGACAGGAGCAGUGUGGACAGGAGCUGUGUGGACAGGAGCUGUGUGGACAGGAGCUGUGUGGACAGGAGCUGUGUGGACAGGAGCUGUGUGGACAGGAGCUGUGUGGACAGGAGCUGUGUGGACAGGAGCAGUGUGGACAGGAGCUGUGUGGACAGCUGUGUGGACAGGAGCUGUGUGGACAGGAGCUGUGUGGACAGGAGCUGCGUGGACAGGAGCUGUGUGGACAGGAGCUGUGUGGACAGGAGCUGUGUGGACAGGAGCUGUGUGGACAGGAGCUGUGUGGACAGGAGCUGCGUGGACAGGAGCUGCGUGGACAGGAGCUGUGUGGACAGGAGCUGUGUGGACAGGAGCUGUGUGGACAGGAGCUGUGUGGACAGGAGCUGUGUGGGACAGGAGCUGUGUGGACAGGAGCUGUGUGGACAGGAGCUGUGUGGACAGGAGCUGUGUGGACAGGAGCUGUGUGGACAGGAGCAGUGUGGACAGGAGCUGUGUGGACAGCUGUGUGGACAGGAGCUGUGUGGACAGGAGCUGUGUGGACAGCUGUGUGGACAGGAGCUGUGUGGACAGGAGCUGUGUGGACAGGAGCUGCGUGGACAGGAGCUGUGUGGACAGGAGCUGUGUGGACAGGAGCUGUGUGGACAGGAGCUGUGUGGACAGGAGCUGUGUGGACAGGAGCUGCGUGGACAGGAGCUGCGUGGACAGGAGCUGUGUGGACAGGAGCUGUGUGGACAGGAGCUGUGUGGACAGGAGCUGUGUGGACAGGAGCUGUGUGGACAGGAGCUGUGUGGACAGGAGCUGUGUGGACAGGAGCUGUGUGGACAGGAGCUGUGUGGACAGGAGCUGUGUGGACAGGAGCUGUGUGGACAGGAGCAGUGUGGACAGGAGCUGUGUGGACAGCUGUGUGGACAGGAGCUGUGUGGACAGGAGCUGUGUGGACAGGAGCUGCGUGGACAGGAGCUGUGUGGACAGGAGCUGUGUGGACAGGAGCUGCGUGGACAGCUGUGUGGACAGGAGCUGUGUGGACAGGAGCUGUGUGGACAGGAGCUGCGUGGACAGGAGCUGUGUGGACAGGAGCUGUGUGGACAGGAGCUGCGUGGACAGGAGCUGUGUGGACAGGAGCUGUACUCAAAAUGCAUCGUCUUUGCUCCGGAGCUGAUCCCGUACAGGUUCCUGGGGCCCUUUGGCACCUUCUGCAGGAACCUGGUGGAUAACCACGCAGGGCUCAUGUACAAAGGAUGGUGGGUAGCCUUCGCCAUCCAUGUGCUGGAGGCUCUGUACUCUCUGAAAGUCUGCAGUGACAAAGGCAUCACGGCCCCGACAGCUCAGCUGCUGUGGUUCUUCCAGACCUUCUUGUUUGGAAUCACGUCUCUUGGGAUUCUCCUGAAGUUUGACCCAAGACGUCCCAAACAACAAUAA